CACAACCAAAACGCAUGCAAACCACAAUGGGGCGCGAGCGGUACGUGGAUGAGGAGCAGGCCAUCAAGCUGGCAGGCGAGAUCAGGCACAGGAUACAGCUGCGGCCACGAGCCUUCCGCACCACAGCGGGGACGAGCGAUGAGCCUGUCCUUGUGAGUGUGACGCCCGCCAUGCGCGAUUUCGCCACAAAGUGCUUGGAGUGCAACCAGCGUCAGAGCUCCCAAGGCGACACCAAGCCCGUCUUCUGCCUCAACAUACAAGAACAGUCAACAUUGCGACACAUCACAGACCCUUCACACCCAAAAAGGCCGGACGAUAUCAUGAGCUCUGCUAUCCAGUACUCCAUGCUGCGUGACCUUGUCAUCAGAUACCGAGAAGCAUUUGAAAAGCCAGGCGGGGAGAAAGCCCCACGCAUGCAUCGCCUCAUGCGCCGUUCCCAGAUUGUCCGCCAACCCCUCAUCGAACCCGAGCCGUCACCGGAGCUUGUGGAGCGCCGUAAGAAGUUGAAGGCGCACAUUGCAAAUCUCGAGUACAACAAGAUGGUCAAGGACCUCGAGCCAAAGAGGGACUUUGACACCAGCCCGAUGGAAGUGCGGGAGGUGCAGCGCCAGUUCACCGUCGCCAUCAACGUGCUGGCCACUCUCGUCGCUUGCUUCUUCUUUGGCUUCUACGCCUCAACUUACGCGUUUGAAAAGACAGGCUCGCGGGUGCUGUUUGGAAUUGCGUGCGCCGUGGUGGCUGGCGUUGCGGAGUUGUGGUUUCUGCUGCGCAUCGCCAUGCAGAAGGAGGCAGAGGCAGAGCGAAAGGCACAGCAGGAAAAAGAGCAGCUGCUCUCGGCAGGAUCGCCCACCGCCACAACCACCACAACCACCACAACCACCGCCACCAUGUCUGACUCUUCCUCAUCCUCAUUCUCAGAGGGAACGGAUGCAUCUGCCGUGUCGUCAUCGUCAUCAUCCUAACCACGUUACGUUACAUUACACAUGGCUGUAUCGUCAAUCCUUUUGAUUGUUGCUGCCCUCAUCUCUUCACCUUUGGCAUAUGUUUGUUAUGUAAUGUAUGUAACUUCACCUCUCAGUUGUUGUGUACAACUUGCUUCUUCAAUGCUCACAUGCUGUGCAUGCGUGCGGGUGAAUGCGAGUGAAAGUUUGUGUUUGUAUGUGAGUGAGAGAACAGUCAAGUCACGCA